AUGUCUUUCGAAACUACCGCCACCAUUGCCUCCUUUGGGGGCAAGCUUCUCAAGCUUAAGCACAAGUCUGCAAGCACAAACACAGACAUGGAGCUGAACAUGUUCCUACCGCCGCAAGCGCUCAAGUCUGGCGCAAAAGUGCCUGUACUCUUCUACCUCUCAGGACUCACAUGUACUGGCAACAAUUGCUCAGAAAAGGGCUUCUUCCAGCACGGCGCAGCUCAGCACGGCAUUGCCGUGGUAUAUCCCGACACUUCACCAAGGGGUCUCCAGAUUGCGGGCGAGGAUGAGUCGUGGGACUUUGGCACUGGCGCAGGCUUCUACGUAGACGCUACUAAGGAUCCGUGGUCAAAGGGCUACAACAUGUACUCGUACAUUACCAAGGAACUUCCCGAUGCGCUCUUUUCCUCUUUCCAAGAGCUGGAUUCUAGCAGAGUUAGCAUCACAGGUCACAGCAUGGGAGGUCAUGGCGCGUUGACACUGUUCCUCAAGAACCCCGGCAAGUACAAGUCCGUCUCCGCGUUCGCACCCAUUGCCAAUCCGAUCAACUGUCCAUGGGGUCAGAAGGCAUUCAAAGGAUACUUUGGCGAGGAUCAGCAACAAAAGUGGAAAGAGCACGAUGCCUCUGAGCUUGUAAAGCAGUGGAAGGGUCCUCUAGAGAUCCUCAUUGAUGUUGGUACCGGAGACAACUUUUACAAGCAAGGGCAGCUGCUACCAGAGAACUUUUUGGCGGCGGCCAAGGAAGCUGGCAACGACAAAGGCAUUCAGCUCCGCAUGCAGCCCGACUAUGACCACAGUUACUACUUCAUGGCAUCAUUCGCUGACGAGCAUGUUGCUUGGGCGGCAAAGCAUUUGGGAGCGUAG